AUGGGACCCUGGCAGCUCAUUCAUAAAGAAUCGGAUCUUCUACAUAAGUUCUCCUUCUCAAACCUUAGCGCAACCAAACCUCUCAACCCAACCCCCUCUACCUCAACUCUGAAUUAUGAAGAAUCUCACAUUUUCGCUCCUCUUCACAAUAAUCCUUCUGUCAAUAACAGCCAGAGCCGGUCAAAACUUUGGAAGCGAGGUCUGCAAAACCACCUCGUGCUACGGGGUUAUCCUCAUCGCCGCAAGCUUAAUUUUACUGCCUCAAUCGAGCCAUGUCUCGAAUGUAUGGAACCAUACAACAUCGCAAUCUACAAGGAGAGUACUUGGGAGCGCCUAUGCCCUAAUCUUCUCGAAGACGAUGACGAUGACGAUGACAACGAUAGCGACGGCCAAGCGCAAAGAAACGCUUCCCCGAGAAGUAUUGAUGCACAUAAAUUAUCCACUACGGGGGCGCUUAUUGUAGUAGCCGGAAUGGUUUUUUCGGGGAUGGCACUCUGA